UGGAACUUUAAAUGUGGUUUCUGGUGUUUCAAAUGCACCAGAGACCACAUUUUUUUAAUUUUGCCGUCCACGUUAAUUCACCCUUUCUCAAAUCCUCUUUUUCUCUUUGAUUCUAAGCUUUCCACAUGUACAAUGCCUUUGAGAUUGUACGCUUUUCCCUAUGUCACCUCUCUUGCUUUUCCCUAUGUCAUCUCUCUUACCUUGUUCUCUUUGUUUUAAAAGCACUUUUUUGUGCCCUUUCUCUAUCAUCUGUGGGUAAUCUCAUGGCUCUCUCUCUCUUUGUCCUGUUCUUUUGGGUUCAGUUGCAUUGAUAUUUAAAAAGGUUAUUAUUUGCUUUAUGAAGGGCAAACUUAUUAAAGCUUCAAUCUGCGUGUUAUAAAAAUUAGUGAAACUUUUUGUUGCAGCAAAAGCUUUAUUUCUUUUAGCCUGAGAAAAAUAGUUAUUAUAGGAGAUUGCCGGCUAGAUGCUUUAUUAAACUACUCAGCAGACUAUUUGACACUACGUUAUUAAUAUGUUUGUAUUGUUCCUACAUGUGAAGUUUUACUAUUACAUUCUGAGUUCCAAACGAUAAAUAAUUAUCACGAAAUGUUUUCCGCAUUCAAAUGUUGUGGAUAACAGGAUAAGUAAGUAUGAUGCAAAUCCAUUUGAAGUGAAUGUUGUUUCAUUUUAGUUUGCUUUAGGAGACUUAUUAAUGCACCCAGUCCUAAACUCUGAAUCCUAAACACAGUGGGAUUCAAAUUGAAUUGGUUACAGCCUUAGAGAUCAUAGAUCUUACUCCAUCUUAGCUCUACAAGAGGAAGUGUGAUUUGAGUUGCUUUGAUUCUAAACCCAAAUAGAAUAGGGAAGGAUUUGAUCCCCAUGUUUAUGUCUUCGAAUUUAAAGGCAUGAGGAGUAGGUUAUUAAUGAUAGUUGCUCUUGCUAUUUGAAAUAGGCAAAGGUCCAAAUGAAUCUCUUGUUUUAACUCACAAGGGAAUUGAAAUUAUGAGGGUUUUUGUUUUGAAGAAGAAAAUGACAAGUGACAACCCAUUAGUUCAAAUAGAUGCCCAUGGGAAUCUCUUUUGAUGCACACUUUGGAUCACAAUGUACUAAAACAUAUUGGCUUAGACUAUUUGAACAAACAAAAAGAAAACUUGAACUACUUAUGGAGCCAUGGAUGAGAUUUACAAUCAAGUCGAUCAUGUGGAGCCAUGGAUGACCGGCAACUGUAGAGGUCCUUCCAAAGCAUUUUGUCUUCUCUAUAAAUUCUUCACGAUGAAGCUUACUGUCAAACAAAUGCAUGGCUUGUUGAAGCAUUCGGAUUCUCCAUAUAUUAGAGCUAUUGGCUUCCUGUAUCUACGAUAUGUUGCCGAUCCAAAGACAUUAUGGACUUGGUAUGAGCCCUACAUAAAAGAUGAUGAGGAGUUCUCUCCAGGAUCUAACGGUAGAAUGACAACCAUGGGUAUGUAUGUGCGUGAUCUUCUGCUUGGACAGGUAGUUUUCCUAGUACUUUUUUCCUCGCAAGUCUGAUUCAUAUUCUCUUUUUCCCUAU